AUGAGAGCUGAGCUACUGCUCCCGAUCCUUAUUCUAGGAAUGCAACUGGGGCAGGUGAGUUAUUCCAUACUGUGUGCUCUCUGUAUAGUGUGAGUGCGGGAGGUGGUGUUAUACCGGGUGCUCUCUGUAUAGUGUGAGUGCAGUAAGUGUUAUACCGGGUGCUCUCUGUAUAGUGUGAGUGCGGGAGGUGGUGUUAUACCGGGUGCUCUCUGUAUAGUGUGAGUGCAGUAAGUGUUAUACCGGGUGCUCUCUGUAUAGUGUGAGUGCGGGAGGUGGUGUUAUACCGGGUGCUCUCUGUAUAGUGUGAGUGCAGUAAGUGUUAUACCGGGUGCUCUCUGUAUAGUGUGAGUGCGGGAGGUGGUGUUAUACCGGGUGCUCUCUGUAUAGUGUGAGUGCAGGAAGUUUUAUAUAGGGUGCUCUCUGUAUAGUGUGAGUGCAGGAGGUGGUGUUAUACUAGGUGCUCUCUGUAUAGUGUGAGUGCGGGAAGGUAGUAUUGCCACGGAGUGCUCUCUGCCUUAGUGUGAAGUGCAGUAAGUAUUAUACCAGGUACUCUCAUAUAGUGUAGUGCAGAGGUAAUUAUUGCCACCGGGUACUCUCUGUAUAGUGUGAAGUGCAGUAAGUGUUAUACCAGGUGCUCUCUGCUUAUAGUGUGAAGUGCAGAGGUAAUUGUUAUACAGGUUACUCUCUGCUUAUAGUAUGUGAAAUUACGAGAAGUUUUAUAUAGGGUGCUCUCUGUAUAGUGUGAGUGCAGGAGGUGGUGUUAUACUAGGUGCUCUCUGUAUAGUGUGAGUGCGGGAGGUGGUGUUAUACCGGGUGCUCUCUGUAUAGUGUGAGUGCAGUAAGUGUUAUACCGGGUGCUCUCUGUAUAGUGUGAGUGCGGGAGGUGGUGUUAUACCGGGUGCUCUCUGUAUAGUGUGAGUGCAGGAAGUGUUAUAUAGGGUGCUCUCUGUAUAGUGUGAGUGCAGGAGGUGGUGUUAUACUAGGUGCUCUCUGUAUAGUGUGAGUGCAGCAGGUGGUGUUAUACCGGGUGCUCUCUGUAUAGUGUGAGUGCGGGAGGUGGUGUUAUACCGGGUGCUCUCUGUAUAGUGUGAGUGCAGUAAGUGUUAUACAUGGUGGUCUCUGUAUAGUGUGAGUGCAGGAGGUGGUGUUAUACCAGGUGCUCUCUGUGUAGUGUGAGUGCAGGAGGUGGUUAUACUAGGUGCUCUCUGUAUAGUGUGAGUGCAGGAGGUGGUGUUAUACUGGGUGCUCUCUGUAUAGUGUGAGUGCAGUAAGUGUUAUACAGGGUGCUCUCUGUAUAGUGUGAGUGCAGGAGGUGGUGUUAUACCGGGUGCUCUCUGUGUAGUGUGAGUGCAGGAGGUGGUGUUAUACUAGGUGCUCUCUGUAUAGUGUGAGUGCAGCAGGUGGUGUUAUACCGGGUGCUCUCUGUAUAGUGUGAGUGCAGGAGGUGGUGUUAUACCGGGUGCUCUCUGUAUAGUGUGAGUGCAGUAAGUGUUAUAUAGGGUGCUCUCUGUGUGAGUGCAGGAGGUGGUGUUAUACAGGGUGCUCUCUGUAUAGUGUAAGUGCAGUAAGUGUUAUACAGGGUGCUCUCUGUAUAGUGUGAGUGCAGGAGAUGGUGUCAUACAGGGUGCUCUCUGUAUAGUGUGAGUGCAGGAGGUGGUGUUAUACCGGGUGCUCUCUGUAUAGUGUGAGUGCAGGAGGUGGUGUUAUACCGGGUGCUCUCUGUAUAGUGUGAGUGCGGGAGGUGGUGUUAUACCGGGUGCUCUCUGUAUAGUGUGAAUGCAGGAGAUGGUGUUAUACCGGGUGCUCUCUGUAUAGUGUGAGUGCGGGAGGUGGUGUUAUACCGGGUGCUCUCUGUAUAGUGUGAAUGCAGGAGGUGGUGUUAUACCGGGUGCUCUCUGUAUAGUGUGAGUGCAGGAGGUGGUGUUAUACUAGGUGCUCUCUGUAUAGUGUGAGUGCAGGAGGUGGUGUUAUACCGGGUGCUCUCUGUAUAGUGUGAGUGCAGGAGGUGGUGUUAUACCGGGUGCUCUCUGUAUAGUGUGAGUGCAGGAGGUGGUGUUAUACUGGGUGCUCUCUGUAUAGUGUGAAUGCAGGAGGUGGUGUUAUACCGGGUGCUCUCUGUAUAGUGUGAGUGCAGUAAGUGUUAUAUAGGGUGCUCUCUGUGUAGUGUGAGUGCGGGAGGUGGUGUUAUACCGGGUGCUCUCUGUAUAGUGUGAGUGCAGGAGGUGGUGUUAUACCGGGUGCUCUCUGUAUAGUGUGAGUGCAGUAAGUGUUAUAUAGGGUGCUCUCUGUGUGAGUGCAGGAGGUGGUGUUAUACAGGGUGCUCUCUGUAUAGUGUAAGUGCAGUAAGUGUUAUACAGGGUGCUCUCUGUAUAGUGUGAGUGCAGGAGAUGGUGUCAUACAGGGUGCUCUCUGUAUAGUGUGAGUGCAGGAGAUGGUGUUAUACAGGGUGCUCUCUGUGUAGUGUGAGUGCAGGAGGUGGUGUUAUACCGGGUGCUCUCUGUAUAGUGUGAGUGCGGGAGGUGGUGUUAUACCGGGUGCUCUCUGUAUAGUGUGAGUGCAGGAGGUGGUGUUAUACCAGGUGCUCUCUGUGUAGUGUGAGUGCAGGAGGUGGUGUUAUACUAGGUGCUCUCUGUAUAGUGUGAGUGCAGGAGGUGGUGUUAUACAGGGUGCUAUCUGUGUAGUGUGAGCAGCAGGAGGUGGUGUUAUACAAGGUGCUCUUUAUAUAGUGCGAAAGCAGGAGGUGUUAUACAGGGUGCUCUCUAUAUAGUGUGAAUGCAGGAAGUGUUAUACAUGGUGCUCUCUAUAUAGUGUGCGUGCAGGAGGUGUUAUAGAGGGUACUCUCUGCAUAGUGUGAGUACAGGAGGUGUUAUACUGGGUAAACUUUGUAUAGUGUGAGUGCAGGAGUUGAUGUUAUAAAAGUUGAUCUCUGUAUAGUGUGAGUGCAGGAGGUGGUGUUAUAUAGGGUGCUCUCUAUAUAGUGUGAGUGCAAGAGGUGUUAUAGAGGGUGCUCUCUGUAUAGUGUGAGUGCAGGAGGUGUUAUACAGGGUGAGCUCUGUAUAGUGUGAGUGCAGGUGUUAUAGAGGGUGCUCUCUGUAUAGUGUGAGUGCAGGUGUUAUAGAGGGUGCUCUCUGUAUUGUAUGAGUGCAGGAGGUGUUAUAGAGGGUGAGCUCUGUAUAGUGUGAGUGCAGGUGUUAUAGAGGGUGCUCUCUGUAUUGUAUGAGUGCAGGAUGUGGUGUUAUACUGGAAAUCCUCUGAACACAAUAUCUGUCCUCCUUAGGACUAGUAAUGGGCACUCAGUACGCUCGCUCAUAGCUUACUGCACGGUCUCUGCCUAUUUCACCAGCGCGAUUUGUAGUGUUUAAUACAUUGUUUAUAUUAAGGAAAGUCUUAUUGAUUUGACUUUUAUUUUAUUCCAUCUUUGAUCUCAGGUCCAGCCAGCUGGAGUUUUCGAGCUGAAGAUCCAUUCUUUCAGUAGUCCACACAGUGCUUGUAUCUCCAACAGACCUUGUCGCCUUUUCUUCCGCGUGUGUCUGAAGCAUGCCCAGCCCGUGGUUUCUCCAGAUCCCCCAUGCACAUUUGGAAUGGCACUUAGUGGUAUCCUGUCUGCAGAGCCUGGUGCCAUUGCAAGCAGCAGUCCCAUUCGUGUUCCCUUCCACUUCAAGUGGCCGGUAAGUAAAAAAGAAGGAUAAUUGUAUUUUUCAUGAUUACUUUGUUUAUUCUAUUUUAUUUGGUAAUCACACAGUAACUCGUGUAGGUGUGAUUUAUAGGCCCCCAGGACAAAUAGAAGAGUUAGUUAAUCUACUAGUUGAGGAAUUAGCUAAAAUUACAAAAAAGGGGGAAGUUAUCAUCAUGGGUGACUUUAAUCUUCCUGAUGUGAAUUGGAAAACCAAAAUAGCUGCUUGUGCCAGGAGCACACAUAUUCUAAACUCCCUACUGGGAUUGUCUCUAAAACAAGUCGUUGAGGAGCCAACUUGUAAAGAGGCCAUACUAGAUUUAGUGUUAACAAAUGGAGAUUUGGUAUCAGAUAUUACUGUAGGUGAAAGUUUAGGAUCCAGUGAUCAUCAGUCAGUGUGGUUUAAUAUAAGAACAGUGACUGAGUCACACUAUACAAAAACAAAAGUUUUAGACUUUUAAAAAAAACAGACUUUUCUAAAAUUAGAAUAUGUGUAAAGGAGUAAUUAUCAGACUGGAGCAAUUUAAAUGGAGUCCAAGAGAAAUUGGAUUAUUAAAAAGUUGCACUGCUGAAGGCAACAGAAAAUUGCAUUAGGCUUGUCCGUAAAAGCAGAAAAUUCAAGAAACCACUGUGGUACGUCGCAGAUAUGGCCAAAAUAGUAAAAAGCUAAAAGUAAGCAUUUAGUAAUUAUAAAAAAAAAAAACAGAGUGAGGAAGACAGACAAAUCUAUAAGAUUAGGCAGAAAGAGGCUAAGCAAGUUAUAAGAGCCUCCAAAGCACACACAGAAGAGAAAAUAGUCAGUAAAAAAAAAAAAGGGGACAAAUACAAUGGAUGAAUAUACAAUGGCUGAAAGACUGAAUAAUUUGGCGCAUCACUGAAAAAAUCCACCAAUAUAUAAAUGUGUGUUUCAAUGCAUACAUGAGAAAAUGGUGCAUGCGCACAAAACCAGCACAAAUGUGACCAUGACGCAUUGUAUCCAUGAUCUCAUAGGCACUGAAACCUUGAUGGAGACCAAGACAGCAAACCAAGGUUUAUUGGAAACACACAGGAAUUGUUAGAGGCUCUAAUCAAGCCUAACAGUAACGUAUAUCACAAUGUAAGGAGUCAGUAGCGGACAUGUCAAAUCUCACACGUCAGUUAUCCCUCUCAAUGCCAGAACAUGAUUACUUGAUCACGUGAUCUCAUAGGGAAUACAAUGGUGAUAUAUAACUCUAAAAUCGGUAUAAAAAUACCAUCAAUACAAACCAGGGCAUGUUAAAAACCAACACAUGGUCUCUAUAGGCACUCAGAGUAUGAGUGAAGUGGUCUUGGUUCCAUGUCCAUGUUUUUUUAACCCUGCAAAUGAAAACAUUGCCGUUUUGCAGGAACGUCAAUGUUUACGUUUCUGGGUAAGAUGCCUGUAGGCCAGGCGCUGUCAGGAGGUGGUAGAACUAGAGGCACUUUUGCAGCUAUAACUGAGGUAAACCUGGUUGUAUCACAAAUAACUCAAUAAAUCAAUUGUAGAGCAAUUGAUUGGCCAAGCAAAGUGUUUUACUGUGCAUGUGCACCAGCCUCCCACUGCUUGCCUAUGGGGAAGCAUUGGAUUGGCUGAGAUCAUCCAGGGAGGUAGAACUCCAGCACCCCACUGUAUGUAAAGUAAGUAAAACUUACCUUUUAAACCCCUGCAAGGAGGAGUGGACACCUACUUAGGUAGGGGUAUAGGUGUUAGGAAUACAUGUUUAUAUUGCAAACAGGAAUAGACGUUUUCAAUUUGUUAAGUUCUUUAUAUAACAGACAUACACCAAAAAAAAAAAUACAAUGUAAAUAAAAUCGAACAUCUUAAUAAAUUAAUAACGAAUAAAGUCGUAAGAAAGUAGUGUACAUUAAAUAUAUUGCAGUAACUGGCUAGUACGCUAUAUAAUAAAGUGCUAAUAGAAUCAUUAAGCAAUAUAAUAGAGAUACAGAGUAUGCAUCUGUUUACAACAUACUUACUAGCGACAGUGUAAAAGAAUAACAAAAAACAUUAUUUUUCUUUCUCCAAUAUUUAAAGUGACAGUGUCCAAAAUGAAAAAAAAAAAACAAUAGAGCUGAAGUAAGCGGCAAAAUAAGUAUUUGUUAGAUGUGACAGGGCUUAUUGGGCUGAAAUGUUGAUUAUGUGUUUUCAAUCGAUCUGUACUUUUGGUAUAUUCUUAAUUUGCCAUCUUAGUAAAAUUGGAUUGCGAUGACCAUAAGUAGCAGGGACCUUUCCCCAUUAGUGAGUGGCGACCCGCUUGUUUUCUUCAACAAUAAUUUUGAAACGUGUUUGUUCUGGCCUUCUUGUACUGUGUCUAUCUAGCAUCAUCAGCUAGGCUGUGUACAGGGGAUAGUGCAGUGAGCGCUGGAGAGGUGGCAGACAAUCACCUCUCCCUCCUAUUAUUAGAGGCUAAUGAUCCCUACUUGGGUAUUGACUAACUAACUUGAAAUUUCCUCAGAUUGGUCAAAUUCAAAUAAAUUCAUAAAGCAAUCCAGUGUUCAAAAUUCUAUCACUUUGGGCUAUUUAUUUUGUUAAUCAAAUUUGUUUUAAUAUUCUUUAGUCAAUUUAUUUAAAUAAUUUUAAAAUUAGGAAGAACAUUUGCAGUUUAGCAGACAAUUCCAUGGGUCUGUGCAAAAUCAAAACACAGUUACCCCACACACUCCACUACAACAGGUGGACGUGCCUUUGGAACAAUUCAUUCCAGACAAGGAAGUGACUUGAGCGAGAUUUGGGUCUAGGAGAAUGGGUUUCUGGUGGACAGAGCACCACGUUCCAGGAAUUGUCAAACCAGGAAGGAGCCAUUGACGUAACUGUCAACAUAUGAAUGAGUGAGCUGGAUGGAACCCAGGGAAAAUCCAGUUUUAUUAGAAGCUGUGAUUUUACAAACGUAUAGGUAAAUAAUACAUUCAUAGGGGGUAUGGAAAUGUAAAGUAAAUAUAUCUACUUGAACAAGGUACUAAAACCUACUGUCCUGACACACAAAAUAAUUUCAGAUUGGGCACCACAGCCUUUGACAUUGAGAGGGUUAUUCGCUAAACUUAGGCUUUUUGCUAAUUUAAUCCAAAUGGAAAACCAGAGGCUAAAAAAGAUGAUCUGGGAAAAUCCUCCAGCUAAGCUCUAGUCACAUCUUUUUCUAUACAGAUUUAAGUGGCAAAAAUUAAAAAAAUAGUGAAUAACCUCGGCCCCCUAGUCUCUCUAUCUCUUUGUCGUCACAUAAUGUGUGUAAAAUGUUUGUUGUAUGUGAUGGUUGUGUUUACUCUGUAUAUGUGGUGUGUGCUGACUGUGUGUAAUGCGUGUGCUAACUGUGUGUAAUGCGUGUGCUAGCUGUGUGUAAUGCGUGUGCUAGCUGUGUGUAAUGUGUGUGUAAUGCGUGUGCUAGCUGUGUGUAAUGCGUGUGCUAGCUGUGUGUAAUGCGUGUGCUGACUGUGUGUAAUGUGUGUGCUAGCUGUGUGUAAUGUGUGUGCUGACUGUGUGUAAUGUGUGUGCUAGCUGUGUGUAAUGCGUGUGCUGACUGUGUGUAAUGCGUGUGCUAGCUGUGUGUAAUGCGUGUGCUAGCUGUGUGUAACGCGUGCGCUGUAUGUUGACUGUGUGUAAUGCGGUGCUAGCUGUGUGUACGCGUGGUGCUAGCCAGUGUGUAAUGCGGUGCUAGCUGUGUGUAAUGCGUGUGUAAUGCUGCGUAGCGUGUGUGCUGACUGUGUGUAAUGCGCGGUGCUAACUGUGUGUAAUGCGGUGCUAGCUGUGUGUAAUGCGAAGCUAUUGUGUGUAAUGUGUGCUGCUGCUGUGUGUAAUGUGUGUGUGCUAGCUGUGUGUAAUGCGUGUGCUGACUGUGUGUAAUGCGUGUGCUAGCUGUGUGUAAUGCGUGUGCUAGCUGUGUGUAAUGCGUGUGCUAGCUGUGUGUAAUGUGUGUGCUAGCUGUGUGUAAUGUGUGUGCUGGCUGUGUGUAAUGUGUGUGCUAGCUGUGUGUAAUGCGUGUGCUGGCUGUGUGUAAUGCGUGUGCUGACUGUGUGUAAUGCGUGUGCUAGCUGUGUGUAAUGCGUGUGCUAGCUGUGUGUAAUGCGUGUGCAAGCUGUGUGUAAUGCGUGUGCUAGCUGUGUGUAAUGCGUGUGCUGACUGUGUGUAAUGCGUGUGCUAACUGUGUGUAAUGCGUGUGCUAGCUGUGUGUAAUGCGUGUGCUGACUGUGUGUAAUGCGUGUGCUGACUGUGUGUAAUGCGUGUGCUAGCUGUGUGUAAUGUGUGUGCUGACUGUGUGUAAUGUAUGUGCUGACUGUGUGUAAUGUGUGUGCUGGCUGUGUGUAAUGUGUGUGCUGGCUGUGUGUAAUGUGUGUGUAAUGUGUGUGUAAUGCGUGUGUUGGUUGUGUGUAACGAGUGCGCUGACUGUGUGUAAUGAAUGUGUUGGCUGUGUGUAAUGUGUGUGCUGACUGUGUAAUGAGUGUGCUGACUGUGUGUAAUGUAUGUGCUGACUGUGUGUUGGCUGUGUGUAAUGAGUGUGCUGACUGUGUGUAAUGCGUUUAAUGACUGUAUGUAAUGUAUUUGUGUGUGCUCUAUGUUUUGCCCCUCUCUUGCUUAGCAUUCUACAGGGACGGGAUAAUAAUCCCUCGUGGUCCAGUGGGGGAACAGGUGCUCUGGAGUUCGGACGGAUGCAGACCACAUUAAUCUCUCCCUCAUGGUCUGCGGAGAGAAUAUUAACUGGUGCUUAUCACUUAGGGCUCUUCACCCUAUUCACUUGGUUUGCAUCUCUCAGGAUUUAGGGUGGACCACUCUCAGGACUUGGGGUGCAUGUCUCUGGGUUACAGAGAGAAUAUUAAACAGUGCUCUUUAAUGAGGGUGCGGAUCUCUGCAUGUAUAAAUAAUAUCUGUAAGAUUUGUAAUAUCAAUUACUGAAAUUUCUAAUUUCAGGGCACUUUUUCACUAAUCCUGGAUUCCUGGAGUACACAGACAUCUGAACAGUCCACAGGUAGGACCAACCAUUCCACAAUAACGUGAUGUAAAGCAUGAGGUGUUCAAGGUUACUGCAUCCCUGCCUCCACUGCAUGGAAAUCAUCUGCAAUUACCCCCAUACACCGCACUUACCCCCGAACAUUGCAAUUACCCCUAUACACCGCACUAACCCCCAAACACUACAAUCACCCCCAUACACCGCACUAACCCCCAAACACUACAAUCACCCCCAUACACCGCACUAACCCCCAAACACUACAAUUACCCCCAUACACCGCACUUACCCCCAUACACCGCACUUACUCCCGAACACUGCACUGACCCCCGAACACUGCACUGACCCCCGAACACCGCACUGACCCCCGAACACUGCAAUUACCCCCAUACACCGCACUAACCCCCAAACACUACAAUCACCCCAUACACCGCACUAACCCCCAAACACUACAAUUACCCCCAUACACCGCACUUACCUAUACAAUCGCGACUUACUCCAACACUGCACUGACUCUAACACUGCACUGACCCCCUAACACUGCAAUUACCCCCAUACACCGCACUUAAUUCCUAACAUUGCACCACCCCCCAUACAAUCGCACUAACCCCCAAACACUACAAUCACCCCAUACAAUCGCAAGAGACUAACCCCCAAACACUACAAUUACCCCCAUACAAUCGCAUCUCUUACCCCAUACACCAAGAGACUUACUCCUAACACUGCACUGACCCCAACACUGCACUGACCUCUAACACUGCACUAACAAUCCCCUUUAACACCUCGGGUGUAAUUAUCCCCAUACACCGCAUUCUACCUCGAACACUGCAAUUACCCCCAUAUACAAUCGCACUAACCCCUAACACUGCACCACCUAUUACACCUACCACCCUCAUACACCGCACUAACCCCCAUACACUGCAAUUACCUCCUUAAACACCGCACUAACCCCCAUACACUGCAAUUACCCCCUAAACACUGCACUAACCCCCAUACACCGCACUAACCCCCAUACACUGCAAUUACCCCCAUACACCGCACUUACCCCCAUACACCGCACUAACCCCAAUACACUACACUUACCCCAUACACCACACUAACCCCCAUACACUGCAAUUACCCCCCCUACACUGCACUUAUCCCCCUACACCGCAAUUACCCCCAUACAGUGCAAUUACCCCCAUACACCGCACUCACCCCCAUACACUGCAAUUACCCCAAUACACCGCACUAACCCCCAUACACUGCAAUUACCCCAAUACACCGCACUAACCCCCAUACACUGCAAUUACCUCCUUAAACACCGCACUAACCCCCAUACACUGCAAUUACCCCCUAAACACUGCACUAACCCCCAUACACCGCACUAACCCCCAUACACUGCAAUUACCCAAAUACACCACACUAACCCCCAUACACUGCAAUUACCCCCAUACACCACACUAACCCCCAUACACCACACUUAUACGGUAUGCAAUGUAUAUAAUAUAUAUAUAUAGUUACUGUAUAUGGCGUAUAAUGUAUAUAGUUACUGUAUAUGGCAUAUAAUGUAUACAGUUACUUUAUAAUGUGUACAAUGAAUAAAUAUAAUGUACAUAUUUAUGAUUUAAUCAAUCCUCCUGUCAGCUAUGAUAGCUUAUUUCCUGGAUUUUUCUGUGCUUCGUUUGAGAUGUCCCCACAAUGCAUGUAUUGUUUUAGCCAGACCGGGACACAGUAAGCAGAAUACUGUGAACAAUAACCAAUGCUGUGAUUUAGAGUAGCUAUGGUAUUUUAAAUGACCAUUUAAUAUAAGAGCAGUCUAACUAAGCUUGGUAAAUAUACUUUCUUUCUAUACCAUAAUACUUCUUGCCAUCUCUGGUUCUAUCUUUCACGUGCCAUUUAUUGAAUUUUUUUCAGAGAACCCCGACCACCUCCUGAGUCGCUUGGUAACACGGCGACGCUUGUUUGUAGGAGAAGAUUGGUCACAGGAUAUACAUUCAGGGCAGCAAAGUGAACUACGUUACUCCUAUCAUGUAACCUGUGAUGAGUACUACUAUGGAGACAGCUGCUCAGACUACUGCCGUCCUAGAGACGAUACAUUCGGACAUUACACCUGCGACCAUGAAGGAAGCCGGCUGUGUCUGGCUGGAUGGAGAGGAGAGUACUGUGCUGAGCGUGAGUACAAAAAAAAAAAGUCCAUCCUGUAUGCGGCAACCAGCCACAAUUCUUAUAAAAUACCCAGUCCAGAUACAAUUGGCAUAUGAUCUGUUACAGGCAAUGAGAUGCUGCCCCAGUCGGGGUACUAUCCAGUUACAGCCUAUUAGAUCCUGCCCCAGUCGGGGUACUAUCAAGUUACAGUCUAUGAGAUCCUGCCCCAGUCGGGGUACUAUCCAGUUACAGCCUAUUAGAUCCUGCCCCAGUCGGCGUACUAUCCAGUUACAGUCUAUGAAAUCCUGCCCGGUGUACUGUCCAGUUAUAGUCUUUGAGAUCCUGCCCCAGUCGGUGUACUAUCCAGUUACAGCCUAUUAGAUCCUGCCCCAGUCAGCGUACUAUCCAGUUACAUUCUAUGAGAUCCUGCACCAGUCGGCGUACUAUCCAGUUACAGUCUAUGAGAUCCUGCCCGGUGUACUGUCCAGUUAUAGUCUAUGAGAUCCUGCCCCAGUCGGUGUACUAUCCAGUUACAGCCUAUUAGAUCCUGCCCCAGUCAGCGUACUAUCCAGUUACAUUCUAUGAGAUCCUGCACCAGUCGUGGUACUAUCCAGUUACAGCUUAUAAGAUCCUGCCCCAGUCGGCGUACUAUCCAGUUACAGUCUAUGAGAUCCUGCCCGGUGUACUGUCCAGUUAUAGUCUAUGAGAUCCUGCCCCAGUCGGUGUACUAUCCAGUUACAGCCUAUUAGAUCCUGCCCCAGUCAGCGUACUAUCCAGUUACAUUCUAUGAGAUCCUGAACCAGUCGGCGUACUAUCCAGUUACAGUCUAUGAGAUCCUGCCCGGUGUACUGUCCAGUUAUAGUCUGAGAUCCUGCCCCAGUCGGUGUACUAUCCAGUUACAGCCUAUUAGAUCCUGCCCCAGUCGGCGUACUAUCAAGUUACAUUCUAUGAGAUCCCAAACCAGUCGGCGUACUAUCCAGUUACAGUCUAUGAGAUCUUGCCCCAGUCGGCGUACUAUCCAGUUACAGUCUAUGAGAUACUGCCCCAGUUGGUGUACUGUCCAGUAACAACCUAUGAGAUCCUGCCUCAGUCAGGGUACUAUCCAGUUACAUUCUAUGAGAUCCGGCCCCAGUCAGUGUACUAUCCAGUUACAGCCUAUUAGAUCCUGCCCCAGUCGGCAUACUAUCCAGUUACAGUCUAUGAGAUCCUGCCCCAGUCGGCGUACUAUCCAGUUACAGUCUAUGAGAUCCUGCCCCAGUUGGUGUACUAUCCAGUUACAGUCUAUGAGAUCCUGCCCCAGUUGGUGUACUGUCCAGUAACAACCUAUGAGAUCCUGCCUCAGUCAGGGUACUAUCCAGUUACAUCCUAUGAGACCUUGCCCUAGUCUCCGUACUGUCUAGUUACGAAUCCUGCCCCAUGUCGUGUACAAUCUAAUAAUAUGCCAGGCCUUGCCCAAAGGGAAAUGGUAGAAAUACGUAAGUCCCAGCAAACAUGUAGGAAACAAAAAUGCCAACAAACUGCUCUUGAAGACACUGAUACAAACACUGAAGCCCACUGUAAUCCAGUAAAGAAGGGGUUAUCAUUUCUAUUGAUAUCAAUUACUAGAGAUGGGUGCGUUCUCUAGAGGUCAGUACAGGAGGAAUAUAAAACCUCCAGGGCUUUAAAAGAGAAUCUUUUCAAAUACAAAUGAGCAGUGUACCCCAAACGUUUUAUGUAAGUUGGGGUGUUCUGAAUUCACUCCUGUGCUCUUAAACUUUAAAUGUUCUCAAUUUGAAUGACCCCUCUCCCCCCUACCAUCUAAUCCCAUCCUCACUUAAACAGUCUGAAUAAAUAGGGUUAGGGUCUCACACAGGUCUGAACAGUGCAACAUAUGGAGGGGACGGUCUGUGCCAGCCGGCCGCAGUGAAUAGAGUGGGGGUUACAGCAUAUGCUGUUAACCAGAUUUCAUUGUGAGUGGCUGGGACAGAUUAAUAAAGAGUGUGGCCUGCACAGCCUCCCCUCCUUACAUCUCCCAGCUCCGCUAUUGUCUUCUAUACAAAAGAGACAGGCGGCUUGUAUAGAAAUACUGCCUCCUGCCCCUUUAAUCAGGCAGGUGCUGUUUGUAUUUGAGGUUUGAUCCUCAGCUUCAUGUCAUCUGUCAGCGGCUCCAGGGGCCCAGCAAGUGGGGAGGGUCUCACAAUACGCACAACAUUCAGGUGAUUUUAUGACCAAAAUGUUUAAAUGAUGAUUGAUUUCAUGCAAGUUAAUAGAAUUUCAUUGUAUCUUCAGCAAACAAGGCAGUUUGUUUACACUAGUUUUUAUGAUAGUUGUGGAAACCCUAGGAUUCAUGAUCCACUCAAUAAAUGUGGGUCAAAAUAGUCAAGUUGGAGGAUAAAAUGAAUGAAUACCAGACUGAACAUUUUGUAAUAUAAUUCCAAUUAAAGGGACAAUGCAUUUUCUGAAGCAUAAUGGAGAUAAUGCAUUAAGAGAAUCGUGCAUUAAAAAAAAAAAAGUAUUAGAAAUUUCUUUGGAUUAAAUCCGAGGUUCAGGGACAGAAUUAAUUCAGCCAAUCCUGGUCCUCUCUUUGUUUUCAGCAGAAGGUUAUGCUAUAUGUAGUGUUGCCUUUCUGAUGAAACUGUAUAGUGUGUAGCAGACCUGGACUUUUAAUUCACAUAAAGAUGGGCAGCUUUAUCUAUUUAUUUCUCCUGUGUGAAAGCAGUCUCAGCUCCCUGGGGACUGAUCUCCCAUGCACGUGUGCAGCUGCUCUACAACUCUCAAAGAAUGCUAGGAGAGAGCUGUAUCUACCUCAGAAACCCUUACAUUCCCCUUUAGUUAUCUUAUUUCCUUUUAAUAGUACUAACCAGUUUCCAUGCAUGUCCUGGGGGACAAGAUAUUAUUACCCAAAUUAAUGCUACUCAUUUUAACGACUUCAGGAUGAGUGGAUAAUUUGACAUGUGACUCAUUCUGAUAAUGCAGCAGGCCUCCCAGUUUAGGCAGUUGGUAUAAAUUGGGCAGUUCCUGUGAGGGCUUGUUGGUUGGAGAUGUGGAAUGACUCCAUAAUAGGGCAGGUUUUUUAGCAUGUCUAUUAAAUUGAGCGGAAUCCAAACAGAGCAGGAGACUGCGCAUGUUAACCAUGAAAAAGAAAGGUCGAUAAGCUGCAAAAUGAUGGCAGGCCCUGCAGGUGGGCAUUGUACCAACACCUACACCGAGCCUGAAUAUGACAUAGAAGAUGGCAAUAGAUAAAAAAAAAUUAAAAAAGUAAAAUUAACAUUAGUGGAAAAAAUAAAAUAAAAGUUCAACGGUUAAUAAAGUGACCACUCAACAAAAGAGGACAAAUAGCAAAAAAACACACUUAGAGAUAGCUUUAAAACCAGCGCUAUACAUUAUUAAUAAAAUAAAUGUAUAUGAAGAAAUCCAAAUUGGAUAUUCCAACGUGUUCCACUUGCAUAUACACAACGUAUCAGAUCUGGAAAAAAGCUCAGCAAUACAUAUUGCUUAAUGUAAAAACAGAUGUAAAGUGUGCAUGAACUCCUUCACCAAUUACCUCCGGCAGCAGAAAAUAAGGUUCCACAUCUGACACAUCUUGUAUACUCAAGUGGAACACAAUGUGUUGGAAUACCCAAUUUGGAUUUAUUUAUAGCUAUCUGCAGGUGUGUGGUGUUUUAGUGUGCUUUUAGCUUUUUGCCUCCCUGUACGUAGGAGAUACCUGCAGAUGGAAUGAGAUCUACAACAAGCCACUCAGCAGCCCGACUUUUAUAUGUUUAUUAACGGGAGUUAAAUUAGUUUAGAUGUUGUGAACGGGGCUUAUGAAAACCACAUUCCUUAGUGUAUAUCUUUCUUUUACAGCAAUCUGUCUGCCAGGCUGCAGUGAGUCCCAUGGUUUCUGCGAAGUGCCCGGCGAGUGCAAGUGUCGUAUGGGUUGGCAAGGAUUGCUGUGCGAUGGGUGUGUGCGCUACCCUGGAUGUCUCCACGGAUCCUGCACCCAGCCAUGGGAGUGCACGUGUCAGGAAGGCUGGGGGGGUCUGUUCUGCAACCAGGACUUAAACUACUGCACCAACCAUAAGCCGUGCCGCAACGGAGCCAGCUGCACCAACACAGGUCAAGGAAGCUACUCCUGUAACUGCCGAGCCGGUUACACUGGCACAAACUGCGAAAUCGAGACCAAUGAGUGUGCCAGCAACCCAUGUAAGAAUGGGGGUAGCUGUGAUGUAAGUACACACAUGGAAUGCUCCUCAAAUUCUAUGUUUCUAUGUAUUCCAGCAUUUUAUAUUUAUUAGCUUUGCAGCAGCUUAGCAUGUAUCAAGAAAUAAAUAAAGUAUGAUGUCUCACCGAGAGCGGACACUCGCUUUCAAUGGGACAGUGUCAGUCUGGGUAGUCUACCCAGGGCAUGAACCCUACUGUAGUGUCUUGAGAUUCAUGGUUCCUUUUUGGAACAUCUCUAGAUACCUGUUUAUUACAAGUGAGUGAGAACCCUAACUUCAUUGAGGAGGGUUCACUGUUUCACAUAUACUGACCCUUCCUCUAUUUACAGGAUUAUCUGAGGAAACCAUCUACUUUUCUUCUUAAGCCCCUGUGCACUACUUACAUAUUUUAAUAUACGUCUCUUCCACUAUACAACUUUAUUACCUUGUACAUUGACCGCAUUUAUUAAAAUGUCUGUAUAAUACAUUGUAUCUAUUGCUGGGAAUCUCCGUUAUAUCUAAUCACACUACAUUUAGACACCUUUUGAGAGUAUGUUUGUCUGUAAUUUCUUAUCUACCAGCUAGGGGGCUCUGUCUUUGGAUAGAGCUUCAUCCAGUAUAUUUUUUUUUCAGCUUAGCAUGUAUACCCAGUCAAACUGACACAGUUCUAUACAGAGUACAUGGCAGGUUUAUAAGGGUGUAGACCCAGUCAAACUGGCAGGGUUCCAUACAGAGUACAUGGCAGGUUUAUAAUGGUGUAUACCCAGUCAGACUGGCGGUGUUCUAUACAUAGUACAUGGCAGGUUUAUAGGGGUGUAUACUCCAUCAAACUGGCACAGUUCCAUAGAGAGUACAUGGCAGGUUUUUAAGGGUGUAUACCCAGUCAGACUGGCCCUGUGUUAUAUAGAGUACACAGCAGGUUUCUAAGGGUGUAUACCCAGUCAGACUGGCACUCUUCUAUACAGAGUACAGAGUAAGUUUCUAAAGGUGUAUACCCAGUCAGACUGUUACUGUGUUAUACAGAGUACCCGGCCUGUUUAUAAGGAUGUAUACCCAGUCAGACUGGCACUGUUAUACAGAGUACCCAGCCGGUUUAUAAGGGUGUAUACCCAGUCAAACUGGCACUGUGUUAUACAGAGUACCCGGCCUGUUUAUAAGGGUGUAUACAGAGUCAGCCUGGCACUGUGUUAUACAGAGUACCUGGCCGGUUUAUAAGGUUGUAUACCCAGUCAGACUGGCACUGUGUUAUACAAAGUACCCGGCCUGUUUAUAAUCGUGUAUACUCAGUCAGACUGGCACUGUGUUAUACAGAGUACCCGGCUGGUUUAUAAGGGUAGGCAAAUCCUUUCAUAAGACUUUCAGAACUUAAAAAAAAAAAAAAAAUUGGGGUUAGGGGAUAUGCAAUAUACUGCCCGUCAGCAAAAUCCCUUUAGUAAACAAAUCUGUGUAUUUAUAUAUCAAUACUGUAAGGGUAAAAGAGAGAAAUUGAGUAAAACUGUGUAUAUAAAGUAAUGCAUGCACCGAUGAGUCAUUUACUAAAGUGAAUUUCAAAUUAUUUAAACAACUAUUACAUUUCUGUAUUAUCCUCUUGUCUCUAAUGACCCCACUCUUCCCAUUUCCCACUUAUUUUUGUCCCUCUUUUCUUUAAUCAUUUUCUCUUUAUACAAAUCGUAUCACCCCACUCAUGGCAUUUGUUCACUUCUGUCAUUACAUCGUAUCAUCAUACUUACCCCAUUUUGAUCAUGCAUUCUCCUGUACCUCAUCGACCUCCACUAUCACUAAUAAACUGUACCUAAAAUUCCCCUCUGUGUAUCCCACAACCGUUUCAUUUUCUACUUCAACCCAUUCAAACUUACCCAACAACAAUUAUCUUAUAUUGCCAUUAUAUCUUCUCUUUAUGGCCUCCACAUUUCCCCAUUAUGUUCUACCUUCUACUCCCUUUCUCCCCCAUAUUCUCUCUUCUUCCUGUCAGGACCUGGAGAAUGACUACAGGUGUGUUUGUCCACGGGGUUUUUACGGAAAGAACUGUGACAUCAGUGCCAUGACGUGUGCAGAUGGGCCCUGCUUCAAUGGGGGAACAUGUGUACAGAAGAGCAGCAUGAGUGGAUAUGUCUGCAGCUGCCCCUUUAACUACCACGGAUCUAACUGUGAGAAGAAGAUUGACCGAUGCUCAAGCAGUCCUUGUCUGAACGGUGAGAUUAUAAUUCACUUUCAACUUAUUACAAUCAGACAUUUAUUAUAGCAAGUCAAAUCUACAGUAUGGGGGGAAAUACCGGAUAGAAUAAAUGAGCUCCAUUUCCCACAUUGUUCUGGUUUAACCCCUUAAUGACCAAACUUGUGGAAUAAAAGGGCAUCAUGACAUGUCACACGUGUCAUGUGUCUUUAAGGGGUUAAAUGGGGAAAAAGCCUGUAAAUAAUAACAAAUUGGUAGGCUGACACUAUUUGUGCUGUUUACCAACACUAAUAAAGGAGAAAUGAGCUAUAUUAUAGGGCAUAACCAGUACUGUGCUCCAAUGUUUAAUGCUACGGGCCUGAUUACUGGGUGUUACUGUAACUACUUCAAAUACCGAGUUAAUGAAUCAUGUGGCCACAUCUGGCACUAGUCUUCUGGCAGCCAGUGCUUAUUGCAGAAGUCAUCCUGAAUCCCAUACAUUAAUAAAUACACCCACUCGGUAAUGUGUACCCCUAUCCCCAUCUUCGCGGAGCUACAUCUUACCAGCCAGUCUGAGCUAGAGCUAGGUAUUUGGACAAACGUGGAAAAUGUCCUCAAACGAGAAGAAACUUAUUUGCAGUUUCCACGUGACUGCUUAUUUCUUCUUCUUGUUUAAUGUUUGGGUCUCGUGCCAUGCUGUAUACACAUCACCCACACCACUUGUUAUCUUCAUAAAUGAUCUCAAAGCUCACAUAAACCUUUCCCUCUUAAUCCACUCAGGAGGUCAGUGUCUGGACGUUGGGCGGAAUGUGGUGUGUAGAUGUCGCUCUGGAUUUUCUGGACUGAGAUGUGAAAUUAACAUUGAUGACUGUGCCAGUGGACCCUGUGCUAACGGAGGGACGUGUGUGGAUGGGGCAAACACUUACACCUGCUCCUGUACACUUGGCUAUGGCGGAAAAGACUGCACGCUGCGCGAGGAUGCCUGUAGCUCCCGCCCUUGCCAUAAUGGUGCCACCUGCUACACCCAUUUCACUGGCCAUGUGUGCCAGUGCCCUGUGGGUUAUAUGGGCUCCAACUGUGAAUUUAGGGUACAGGAUCCAACACCAUCGACCUACCAGUCUGACCCCCCCUCCACGCUGGCUCUGGCUGCCUGUCUGGGGCUAGUUACCCUGUGUUUGAUGGGAAGCGGAGUAUUAAUUCUUAUGCGAGCACUGAGAAAGCCAAGAGUUGACAUAAACAAGAAGGACAAUAACCACCUCGAACCCAAAAAUAACCUAAAGGAAAAUGAGCCUUUCCUGAUCUCACCAACACAUUUCAAAAUGCCAAACCAAGAAGGCCUGAGAGAGAAAUCUGGGAGCAAACAAAAACUCCUCCCAGCAUCAGAAAGUGAAGAAAUUAGGGGUUCACACUGCGAUCGGUAUGUCAGGAAUGUAUAAUCUUGUGUGUAUACGUAUACGCAUGUGCAUAGUUUAUUUUUGCAUGCAGGUUACCCAUAUAGACUGCCAUUUUCAUAAUUACAGUUAACACAAAAGCUUCUUGAUAAAUACAGUUGGAAUAUUUUUGCUUUGUGAUCCACAUUAAUGUACAGUGUGUAUGAGUAUAUCACAGAGCUCCACUACAACAAAACUCACAUUAAUGUACAGUGUGUAUGAGUGUAUCACAGAGCAUCACAAUAAAACUCACAGUAAUGUGCAGUGUGUAUGAGGAUCAUAGAGCCCCACAGCAAUAAAACUCACAGUAAUGUGCAGUCUAUAUGAAUGUAUCACAGAGCCCCACAGCAAUAAAACUCACAGUAAUGUGCAGUCUGUAUGAAUGUAUCACAGAGCCCCACAGCAAUAAAACUCACAUUAAUGUGCAGUCUAUAUGAAUGUAUCGCAGAGCUCCAGAGCAAUAAAACUCACAGUAAUGUGCAGUUUGUAUGAAUGUAUCACAGAGCCCCACAGCAAUAAAACUCACAGUAAUGUGCAGUCUAUAUGAAUGUAUUGCAGAGCUCCAGAGCAAUACAACUCACAGUAAUGUGCAGUCUGUAUGAAUGUAUCACAGAGCCCCACAGCAAUAAAACUCACAGUAAUGUGCAGUCUAUAUGAAUGUAUCGCAGAGCUCCAGAGCAAUAAAACUCACAGUAAUGUGCAGUUUGUAUGAAUGUAUCACAGAGCCCCACAGCAAUAUAACUCACAGUAGUGUGCAGUCUGUAUGAAUGUAUCACAGAGCCCCACAGCAAUAAAACUCACAUUAAUGUGCAGUCUGUAUGAAUGUAUCACAGAGCCCCACAGCAAUAAAACUCACAUUAAUGUGCAGUCUAUAUGAAUGUAUCGCAGAGCUCCAGAGCAAUAAAACUCACAGUAAUGUGCAGUUUGUAUGAAUGUAUCACAGAGCCCCACAGCAAUACAACUCACAGUAAUGUGCAGUCUGUAUGAAUGUAUCACAGAGCCCCACAGCAAUAAAACUCACAGUAAUGUGCAGUCUGUAUGAAUGUAUCACAGAGCCCCACAGCAAUAAAACUCACAUUAAUGUGCAGUCUAUAUGAAUGUAUCGCAGAGCUCCAGAGCAAUAAAACUUACAGUAAUGUGCAGUUUGUAUGAAUGUAUCACAGAGCCCCACAGCAAUAAAACUCACAGUAAUGUGCAGUCUGUAUGAAUGUAUCACAGAGCCCCACAGCAAUAAAACUCACAGUAAUGUGCAGUCUAUAUGAAUGUAUUGCAGAGCCCCACAGCAAUAAAACUCACAGUAUUGUGCAGUCUGUAUGAAUGUAUCACAGAGCUCCACAGCAAUAUAACUCACAGUAGUGUGCAGUCUGUAUGAAUGUAUCACAGAGCUCCACAGCAAUAUAACUCACAGUAGUGUGCAGUCUAUAUGAAUGUAUCACAGAGCCCCACAGCAAUAAAACUCACAGUAAUGUGCAGUCUGUAUGAAUGUAUCGCAGAGCCCCACAGCAAUAAAACUCACAGUAAUGUGCAGUCUGUAUGAAUGUAUCACAGAGCUCCAGAGCAAUAAAACUCACAGUAAUGUGCAGUCUAUAUGAAUGUAUCACAGAGCCCCACAGCAAUAAAACUCACAGUAAUGUGCAGUCUAUAUGAAUGUAUCACAGAGCCCCACAGCAAUAAAACUCACAGUAUUGUGCAGUCUGUAUGAAUGUAUCACAGAGCCCCACAGCAAUAAACUCACAGUAAUGUGCAGUCUAUAUGAAUGUAUCACAGAGCUCCACAGCAAUAAAACUCACAGUAAUGUGCAGUCUAUAUGAAUGUAUUGCAGAGCCCCACAGCAAUAAACUCACAGUAAUGUGCAGUCUGUAUGAAUGUAUCACAGAGCCCCACAGCAAUAAAACUCACAGUAAUGUGCAGUCUAUAUGAAUGUAUCACAGAGCCCCACAGCAAUAAACUCACAGUAAUGUGCAGUCUAUAUGAAUGUAUCACAGAGCUCCACAGCAAUAAAACUCACAGUAAUGUGCAGUCUGUAUGAAUGUAUUGCAGAGCCCCACAGCAAUAAAACUCACAGUAGUGUUCGGUUGUGCAUGAAUGUAUCACAGAGCACCGCAACAAAAAAACUCACAGUAGUGUGCAGAGUAGUGUGUAUGAGGAUCACAGAGUUCAACAACAAAAUAAUUCACAGUUCAAUAAAAUUAACACACACUGAUUUUCACACAAAAUUGGGACACAUUAGAAGUUUAGUUUUAUUGUUGUGGUUUAAAUUUAUACACAAUACACAUUGCAACGUUUUAUUGCUCACAAUAGAUUAAUUAUUUUAUCAUUACUCUAAACAAUGUAAUUCUCUCUACUAGCUUUAAAUCAGACCUCACACCCCCGAGAGGAUUCCAGGAAGGAUAUACCUAUCACCCAAUGUACAAUCAGCCAAGCCAUAAGGAGCAGUGUGUAUUUGCUACAGAGGUAAUUCUACAUCAAGGAUGAAAGGCACCAAAUGAUGCACAUUGCUCCCUCACAGGCAUUCCAAAAUCUAUCGUUAGCUUGUCACGUUACCUUAACUAUAUAAUCCAAGAAUGACCUGCCACAGAGCAUUGUACCCCAACAUUAAACACAUAACCGUAGCAUUGUACCCCAACAAUAAAAUACACAUGCUGAGGAUUGUACCCCAACAAUAAAACACACUUCCUGAGCAUUGUACCCCAACAAUAAAACCCAUACUGAGCAUUGUACCCCAACAAUAAAACCACACAGCCUGAGCAUUGUACCCCAACAAUAAAACACACUUACUGAGCAUUGUACCGCCACAAUAAAACCACACAGCCUGAGCAUUGUACCCCAACAAUAAAACCACACAGCCUGAGCAUUGUACCCCAACAAUAAAACCACACAUACGGAGCAUUGUACCCCAACAAUAAAACCACACGUACGGAGCAUUGUACCCCAACAAUAAAACCACACAUACUGAGCAUUAUACCCCAACAAUAAAACCACACAUACUGAGCAUUGUACCCCAACAAUAAAACACACUGAGUUUUGUACCCCAACAUUAAACACACAUACUGAGCAUUAUACCCCAACAAUAAAACCCCACAUACUAAGCAUUGUACCACAACAAUAAAACACACAUACUAAGCAUUGUACCCCAACAAUAAAACCACACAUACUGAGCAUUGUACCCCAACAAUAAAACACACCGCCUGAGUAUUGUACCCCAAUGAUAAAACCACACAUACUAAGCAUUGUACCCCAAUAUUAAACACACCGCCUGAUCAUUGUACCCAACGUUAAGCACAAAAACGGUGCACAUUGCACCCCAAAACACAGUCUGAGCAUUGUGUGCCAACAUUAAACACACAGCCUCUGCAUUGUACCCCAAAAUUUUACACACAGCAUGUGCAUUUUACCCCAACAUGAUACACGCAACCAGACUGUACCCUUAUUUUAGGUACACAACCUGUGCAUUGUAUCCCUAUAUUAAACACACAGCCUGUUCACAUUGUAUAAAUAUAUAGCUUUUACACAUUGUACCCCAAGAUUAAAUAUGUAGUUACACCCAGAUUAAAUAUGCAGUAUGUAUAUUGUAUCCCCAGUAUAUAUCCGCGGCCUGUACAUUGCACCGUGUGUCUGUUGCAGAACUUUUUUACCUGCUGAAUAAAUAAAAACCUCUACCUUUCCAGGUGUAA